AUGACAACACAAAUCCGCACCUCUACAUCUCAUCCUUACCACCCGACCUCCAUCAACCUCAUUGCAGGCGAGAAUAUUCCUGCCGGGACUAUUGAUGUUCAAUGGCAAGAAUCGGGACUGCAGCCGCUGAUCAAAGACCUCUCUGGCUACACAUUGAGCCUGAUGACUGGUGGGGACGAUGGUGGAAACAUGUUACCGCUCACCCAAUUUGUCUCCCAAGGCAAUUUUGACACUGGCUACAAGGCUGGUGGUACCAUACCUGCUGGCAUCGCGGAAGCAGUUGACAAUGGAUUCUUCUUCCGUAUCGUCUCCACCGCUGAGGCUGGCGGAACGGUGAUCAACUACUCGUCGCGCUUCAAUAUCACUGGCCUGCAGGGUGCGACGCCUCUGCAAUAUCGACAAGCGGCAGCCUCCUUGAUUGGGGCCACUACAGGGCCUCACAGGGUCGUCAACGUGGCAGGUCUGACAUCCGACACGACCAACACUACCUCCCAGUCUAGUAACAUGAACAGUAAUGGCACCGAUAGCCCGGCUUCUGUAUCAGCUACAAUUAUAGCAAGCACAUCGAGCACCACGAGCUUAUCUUCGCCAAGUGCGACCCUGCCAUCUUCAGCUGCUCCUAGGGUCAAUGGGUUUUCCACUGGCGUCAUAGCAGGCAUCGCCGUAGGCUGUUCAUUGGCAGGCAUUGGUAUAACAGUAGCUACUGCUGUAGCUAUUGUCUUCAGGCGACGUCGUCGACAACAUAACAGCGAUGCUAACACCAACUCGGCAUUCCUCGAUGGCAAGGCCGAGCUUUGCGCAGAUGGACCUGAGCCGAGGUCACCAAGUGCGAGCGAGCUGGGCACUGAGCAGGAGGUCGUAGAAGCGGAUGAUGGCUUAACACCACCGGAAUUGGAUCCAAUGAGUGUCCGCGCUGAGCUUGAAUGA